UUCAUGAGAUAAUGUGGGCAUUGUCCUUCAGCUGGCUUGUGGCACAUGCCAACAGGAUGUGAGUAAUACGCUUUGGCACCCUAUCUGUGUGAUCGCUUGGCUCCCUUUUGAUCCCAGUCCAGCAAUAACUGAAAGGCACACACACAGUCUCUCAACGGGUGCUGUGCAUGCCUGCGUCGCUGCGUUGUCUCAUCCAAUCCUCUCUGCGAGAAACUUCCAAGUUUUUUUUUUCUAGUUUGUUUCUUUUAUACAACUCUGUGGUUGUCUUUUUUAAAAAUAAAUAAACAGUGUGAUCUGUGUGCAAGAUGUCCUGGGAGCGAUGCCAGCAGCCCUCCAGGCACAAGCUGCAGCGCAGCCUGUCUCCUGCGUCUCUCUGCCUGGCCUCGGGGGCCCUGCUCGGGCUGCUGGCCUGCGCCGCUGCUCUCUACGCUCAGCGUCUGCAGAUAGAGGGCUUGCGAGGGGAGCUGGCGGAACUCGAAAUGCUCGUGCGAGCCAAUGGGAGGCCGCGGAACCUCCAGAGAGAAACUUCGGAGGAGCUGGGAGGCUGCGUUGCUGGGCAAUGUCAGGGCCGCUAUGCGGAUUCUGCAGCCGCGCAGCUCCGGGGUGAAGACUCAUCCAGCCGGCGGAGGAGGCAGUCCGACAAAGAGGAACGCGGACGAACACGGCGGCGCUCUAUUCUACACCUGGUGCCGGUUUCCACGGAAACGUACGAAGCUGUGGACAGCACUGUAAUCCUCUGGAGAGCCAGCUCCUUGCAGGGGAACGCCUUUGAACCGAGCCCAGCUGCCACUGCCAUCAAGGAGGAUGGAUUCUACUACAUAUACAGCCAGGUCUUGUUCCACGACUGGACCUUCUUGAUGGGUCAGGUGGUCAUGAAGGUAGGGGGGGGAGAGAGCAGAGGGAACGAGUCGACCAGACUGCUGACUUGCUUCACGAGCAUGCCGGAGAACGCAGAGCAAGCUUACAACACCUGCUUCAGUGCCGGCGUCUACUUUCUGGAGAAAGGCUCUGUGCUGCAGCUCUCCGUUCCGCGGUUCAACGCUGGGAUCCAGCUAGCAGAUCACUCCACCUUCAUGGGGGUGAUCCAGCUUUAGCAGGGCGCUAGACACACACAGAGACAGUCUGAACGAAUGUCACUUUCACCCCCGCCCCUUUUUUUUGAGAAAUGGUUUGUGCCAGAAGACUUUUGUUUUUCAGUGCACGAGGAGAGAGACCCGAGACAAGAAAAAAUAAACCUUACAACAUUAUUUACACGUUUGUAUGUGUGAAGAAUAUUAUGUAUUUAAAAUAAAUAAAUUAAUUAAUUAAUCAAUAAAUAAAUAAAUAAAUAAAUAAAUAAAUACAAUGUCUGUACCCUUUUAUAAAAGUGCAUUCUAUUGCGCAUUCAUUAUAGGUAUUAAAAAAAACUGUAUAUAUACAGUACAACUAUAAAAAAAUGUGGAUUUCAAAAACUCGUGAUGUCAUAACACAACAUCGUGAUGUCAUAACACUGACUCGUGAUGUCACGGCCAGCGUUGCCUAACAAAACAAAAAAACUACGAGUUUGUCAAAGUCAAACAUGGCUAAACGGAGGCCGCCCGCGAGUCGCGGGGUGAGAGCGGCGAGGUCACGAAGCAACGGAGGGCUUCGAGUUCUUACAGGCGGGAGCGGGGGCUCCCAGGGCGGGAGGAGCGCUCUCUCGGCUCCCCUAACCCGCGAACGGGAGCGGAGCGGGCACUCUCACGCCGCGGUCAGCGUGUUACUGUUCCUGAUGGAAGUGUUCUGCUCCACGAUCUUCCUGCUUCCGUGAACUUAUAGCUGAAUUAAAGACAAAUAAAAACACAAUACUCCUGGGCGGCCUCGUUGCAAACAAAAUAGUAUUGCAAGCUUGUUUUUUCUUGUAUCAUUUAUAUAUAUAUAUAAGAUAGAUUUUAAAAUGGUAAAAAGGGACGUACAUGAUUGAUUUAUGUAUCUAUCUAUCUAUAGAUAGAUAGAUACAUAAAUCGCCUUCUUAAGACUCACCUCUUCAAACAGCACCUGUAGAACUCCUCUGUUUGUAUCCUGGGACACUAUCACCCUUCAUUUAAAUAUGCUUUAUUUUGCUCUUAUCUGCCCCCUAUUUUACUGCAUUUAAUCCUGUACUUCAGAAUACUGUAAUCUGCCAAGUGUUUAACCUGUAGUAUUUUGUAUUUAAUCACAUCCUGAUGUAACUAUCACUAUUUUUUCAUAUCCUGAUGUAACUAUCACUAUUAUCUGCUGUAUUAUUGAAUUGUGGUUUGUCACACUUGAACAAAAGUUAUUAUAUUUCUUGCUCUUAUUGUAUUACUUGUAUUGUAACACUUGAAAUGUAUUUGCUUACGAUUGUAAGUCGCCCUGGAUAAGGGCGUCUGCUAAGAAAUAAAUAAUAAUAAUAAUAAUAAUAA